GUUUACCGAACCAAUCAGUGUGCUGGGGAGUUCGUGAUUACAUUUCCAAGAGCCUAUCACAGCGGCUUUAACCAAGGUUUCAAUUUUGCUGAAGCUGUUAACUUCUGCACAGUUGACUGGCUGCCAUUAGGUCGGCAAUGUGUGGAACACUAUCGCCUAUUAAACCGCUAUUGUGUGUUUUCUCAUGAUGAGAUGAUAUGUAAAAUGGCUUCCAAAGCAGAUGAUCUUGAUGUUGUGGUAGCAUCUACAGUUCAAAAAGACAUGUCUAUUAUGAUCGAAGACGAAAGGGCAUUGCGUGAGGCUGUGCGUAAACUGGGAGUGACUGAGACUGAGAGAGUGGCUUUUGAAAUGUUGCCUGAUGACGAGCGCCAGUGUUUAAAGUGCAAAACCACUUGCUUCAUGUCUGCUGUUUACUGUUCAUGUAAACCUGGUUUACUGGUUUGCCUGUAUCAUGUAGAAGAUCUCUGUUCCUGUCCCACUUAUAAAUAUAAACUGGGCUACCGGUACACUCUUGAUGAUCUCUACCCAAUGAUGAAUGCACUAAAAUCGCGUGCAGAAUCCUACAAUGAAUGGGCUUCUAAUGUAAAUGAAGCUUUGGAGGCAAAAAUGAAUAAUAAAAGAAGCCUCAUCAGUUUUAAGGCUUUGAUAGAAGAAUCGGAAAUUAAAAAGUUUCCAGAUAAUGAUCUGCUGCGACACCUUAGAUUAGUUACCCAGGAUGCUGACAAAUGUGCCUCAGUUGCACAACAACUUCUUAAUGGCAAAAGACAAACCAGAUAUCGUUCCGGUGGAGGGAAGUCCCAAAAUCAGCUGACUGUGAAUGAACUCCGGCUGUUUGUAAGACAGCUAUAUGCUCUACCCUGUGUCCUCAGUCAGACACCAUUACUGAAGGAUCUUCUUGAUCGUGUGGAAGCUUUCCAACAGCAUAGCCAGAAACUGCUUUCUGAAGAAAUACCCAGUGCAGCAGAACUACAGAAGCUCUUAGAUGUCAGUUUUGAGUUUGAUGUUGAUCUUCCGCAACUACCUGAACUGCGGAUACGCCUGGAGCAGGCACGCUGGCUAGAAGACGUACAGCAGGCUUGCGCGGACCAAAGCUCCCUUACUCUUGACGAUAUGAGACGACUCAUAGACUCGGGUGUUGGAUUGGCUCCUUAUCCAGCAGUUGAGAAAGCAAUGGCUAAGCUGCAAGAACUCCUUACUAUAUCUGAACACUGGGAUGACAAAGCCAGAAAUUUGAUAAAGGCCAGACCACGACAGACACUAAGCAGUCUUGUAGCUGCAGUAAAGGAGAUAGAGGAGAUUCCCGCUUAUCUCCCAAAUGGAAUUGUGCUGAAGGAUGUUGCACAAAAGGCCAAAGAUUGGCUACAAGAAGUGGAAGCCUUGCAGGGUGGAGGGCGUGUGCCAGUACUUGACACGCUUGUGGAGCUUUUGACAAGAGGUCGCUCUAUCCCAGUACAUCUGGACUACUUGCCAAGGCUGGAGUCCUUAGUGGCAGAGGUUCAAGCUUGGAAGGAAUGCGCCAGCAAUACAUUUCUGACGGAGAACUCCCCUUAUUGUCUUUUAGAGGUGUUAUGUCCCAGAUGUGAUAUUGGAAUAUCUGGGCUUAAAAAAAAACAGAAGAAAUUAAAGGAGCCAGUACCAAGUGGAAAGAAGAAAGGCACCAAACUGGAGAGUCUGAGUGACCUAGAAAGAGCUUUAUCUGAGAGUAGGGAUACUGCCUCUGCGAUGGCCACACUUGGGGAAGCCCGUCUGAAGGAGAUGGAAGCACUUCGUUGUCUGAGAGCAGCAAAUGAAGGGAAAGUGCUAGCUACUGAAGAGGAUGGAGAGAUGAAAGUUUGCCUGUGCCAGAAAGAGCCAGUUGCCCCCAUGAUACAAUGUGAACUCUGUAGAGGGUUCUUUCACACCAGCUGUGUUUCAGCACCCAGCAUUUUGCAGGGACCUCACGUGUGGCUCUGUCCUCACUGCCAUAGAUCAGAAAAGCCACCGUUAGAAAAAAUCCUACCUUUGCUGGCCUCCCUGCAGCGUAUCAGAGUGAGGCUUCCUGAAGGAGAUGCUUUACGGUAUAUGAUAGAGAGAACUGUGAACUGGCAGCAUAGAGCACAACAAAUGCUAUAUUCAGGGAAUCUAAAACACAUACAAGACAAAGUUGGCUCAGGACUAUUGUACAGCAGAUGGCAAACCACAGCAGGCCAGCUACCAGAGACAAACAAGGUAUCUCAGACAAUUGGUGCUAUGUCUUUCUCUCUGCCUCAUGACUGGGAUAGCAGAACCAUAUAUUUACAUUCUCCUUUUUCUACAGGACAAAACUGCAUCCCCCUUCAUGUCAUUAGUGCAGAGCUGGAUGAGUUGAUGAUGGAAGCCCAGCUGCUACAGGUUUCGUUACCUGAAAUACAGGAGCUGUACCAGAUCCUAUUCACAAAACAGAGCCCUGUUCUGCAAGCAGAGCAGAAGUCACCAGUAGGACCAUUGAAUGAAAAGAAUGAGUACUGCCGGGGCAGGAGAGAUGGAGUUGGUUAUAUGGAGAGAAAGUUAAAGAGGCGCUUUGAAAGAGAGGGCUUCUGCGAUGGAAAGAGGGCAAGGAUAAAAAAAAUGAAAACCCCCAAAAAGAAGAAACUGAAACUGAAUUACUCGAAGGAUCUCAGUAACAACAAAUUGGAGAGGGAGAGAGAGAGGGAACGGCUCAUUGAGGUGCAGCGCUCCAGCGAAAGCCACUUGCUUCCCUCAGAUACAUCGUUCUCAGAGCAGGAAGACUCUGAGGAUGAAGAUGCAAUCUGCCCUGCUAUGAACUGUCUGCAGCCUGAAGGAGAUGAGGUGGAUUGGGUCCAGUGUGAUGGCAGCUGCAACCAGUGGUUCCAUCAGGUGUGUGUGGGUGUCUCUCCAGAGAUGGCAGAGAAGGAAGACUACAUCUGUGUCAGCUGUGCUGGGAAGGACUCUCAACAUCGAAAGUAAAACUCCCCAUAAAUCAUUCAAGACUCUAUUUUAAAGAAGGUUAUGAGAAUUUCUCCAUAAAGCCACAGGGGCUGGUUUAAUAGCCAGGCUGCAAAUGGUGCUACUUCUAUCCUCAUGGGAUCAUUUUCCAGAACUCAAUUUUUGACACUUUUUGUAUUUUUCUCCUUUGAGCUGUUUGUGAUUGUUGAGGUUUGAAAUGCUGACUGUUUAGCAGGGGUUUCCGCCAAUUUGGAAGGCAUUUGAAACAUGCACCUUUUUAUUGUACAGCAUUAAAUUACCUCUCUCUGGGAUUUACCGGCAUAUUUAAAUCAACUCUGUUUGGGUGCAAAAAACUGCACUAUGAGUUUUCCAAUAAAUCCUCUUUUGAGGAAAUCCCUGUUUACCCUGUUAACUUGUUGGAAACUUUAGGUUUUUUCACUUUGAUUUUUUUUUUUGUAGACUAGGUUUAUUUAUCUGAGCAAUAACUUCUAUGUCUGGCUUCAGUGACUGGAAUGACAAUUCUGAACAGCGUGUUGGUGCUUUUAGCAUUGGUUAAUGUACAGAACGCAAACGGUUAGGUCCUAGUAUCACUGAUGGAUUAGUGAUUUAGAAGACAGAAAUGGCUCUGUAAAGUAAUUGCCACAGCUGUAUUUUGGCUUUCUUCUCUUUUGGGUAGCUUGUAUCAAAUGUUGCAGUUUAUAUUGUGGAAUAAACCCCUGGUUAUAUUAUAAAA